AUGGCUGGUUCUGAGACAAAUGUUCCAUAUGAAAAAGCCCCAGCUAAUGAAAAAGGCUGGAACAAAGAAGCCAUAAACAAUUUUGAUGAUCUAUUUCCUACAGAAGAUCUAUACCAGCAACUAAAGAAUUGUAACAAAAUUUUAGAUGUGGAUCCUUAUGAUGAAAAAAUAUUAGGACGCAGAAUUAAAGUAUUGUGUCGCUUGGGCAAGUUUGAUACUGCUCUGUCCUUUGCCAUACAGUGGGCCAAACGAAAUCCUGAUAGCGUUAAAGCUCAAACCAAAGUCAAAAGAAUUAGGAAUGUAAUAGCCACAUCACAGGAACAGGACAUUGAUGAUGACGACGAUGAUGAUGAUGAUGAUGUUCUUUCAGACAUCAUGAACACUAAUCUAGAUUCCCAUCCCAAACGGUUGUCUCCCGAGGGGGAAGAAAGAAAAGACCCUUUCCACAGUCCACUCUCUUCUACUCUAUGUCUACCAACAGCAGCUGGCACCAGACAGUUAGCUGAUUCUACAGACAAUGUUUCUUCAAGUUCCCAUUCUUCAUAUUGUACCUCAGAAGAUUCCUCUCAGUCUUCAAGGGAUACCAUGGAAGAACCACUUUACCAGUGUCAAGUGUGUGACAUUGAAUUUAGAAAGCUGUCUGAGUUUGAACACCAUUGUCAAUGUGAUGUGCAUAAGAAACGUAUCAGUUCUACAGAAGGUGCUAAUUGGAAUUGCAGCUUCUGUGAUGUCACGUUCCGAAACCAAGCAGAAUUAGAAAACCAUUGUCGAGGGGACCUGCAUAAGAAGUCAAUUACCUCUGAUGAGAGCCGUGAGUGGAAAUUUCGGCCACCUCCGAGAAGUUUGCGUGCAGAAGAAUUUUCUAUGUGUGCUCGGUUUUUGGAGACAGGGAAAUGUUCUUAUAGCGAGAAUUGUACUCAAGCUCAUUCUCGAGAAGAAUGGCAGGAGUGGAAAGACCGAUUUGAAUUCAAGAAACAGUCCCUGCAAAAAGCACGGGAAAAAAGGCUCCAUGGAAUGUCUUACACAGAAAAGUUGGCAGAAAAGCUUUUAUUUGCUGAGAAUCCAGAUUCACUGCUUGUCAACAAUUUGGAUUAUGUAAAACUGCAUAUCAAUUCAGAUCUUCGAGUCAACAUGUCCAACAAAAAGUGUACCAAUUCCUGGACAUUUACUGUCACUAGCAAGGUGUGUCUUCACCGUGUAAUCUUGCUAGAUGACAGCAGUCGACUAUUUUUCCGCAUCUCCAGCAUCUCUGUGGGUCCACGAAAAUCCCAAAAACAUCAAAAUAUUGAAAAUCCUUGCCAAGAGUGGGUCAACUAUGAAGCUUACCAAAUGAAGAACAUAUCAAGUACUAAUGCAGUGGAGAAUGUCUACAGAAUAAAGGUGGUUUUCAAAACAAACAUUUAUGGAACCUUUCGACAGUCACUUGUGUUUGAUUUUGGCACUGAGCCACUGCUUUCACGAGAGAUGCAUGUUGAGUCUGCACCAAUCCAAGAAGCGGAUAAAUUAUCCAAAGAUUUGAUGUGCUUUGAUGCAAACAGAUGGACAGAAUUGAAUACAGAGAUCAUCAAAUUUGAACCAAAUCCUCUUGCAUUGAGUGAUAAAGAGGAAACAUUGUUGGAAGAAUAUCCACUUCCAGAUCCCAACAAACUUCAAAUGCAAGAAGUUAUUUCACAGACAUUUUGCAGAGAGAAUUACCGAGAAUGGAUGCAUGACCUGCUGUAUUUUGAAGAACUCACCCAGUUUGGGUUAAUUUCCAGAUUCAAUGUGAAAGUAACAUUGCAAAUAGUUGACAGAUUUAUGCUGGUGCCUGGAGGAUUUCGCUUAGCUAAAUACAGCUCAGAUGGUCAGCUAUUUGCCAGAAUGAAGUUGGAAAAUGAACUUUCUGAAGACACCAUGCAUGGGAGACUUGUUUUACAAAGUGCCAACACAGUGCUCUUUGCUCCUGAUAACAAUUCCAGUGACAGUGAUUCUUUCAGAAAUGAAAUUGACAAGGUCUACGAAGCAAUUAUUGAAGAUAAAGGGAAAGAUUUUGUCUUUUUCCGAUUAUCCGCAAAGUGCGUAAGUGACCUUUUGUUGAAACCUGACCAGGAAUUACCAGUUCAUGUCCAAUUUCAACUGAAUCGGCAACCUAAGGUUGAGAUGCAUGCUGCUAUAGAUAACUUGCCAGAUCUUGACAUUGUAUUUCCUACAAUGUCUAAUAUUCCUGAUAGACCCUGGCAAAUUAACAGCUCUUUGGAACCAUUACUUGAUCAAAGAGUAAAUGAAAAACAAUUACAAGCCAUUGCAGGAAUUAUAGCUGCACCGUCUGGUAUGCGAUUACCUCCCUUACUUUUGCUCGGACCUUAUGGAACAGGGAAAACAUUCACAUUGGCUCAGGCUGCUAAGCUUGCUCUACAAAAAGAAGGAACACGAAUCAUGAUUUGCACUCAUUCCAACAGUGCGGCUGACCUUUACAUUAAAGAAUUCUUUGAUCCUUAUGUAAUGUCCGGUCAUGAAGAAGCUCGUCCACUGCGUAUCUAUUUCCGCAAACGUUGGGUACAGACUGUACACAGUGCUGUACUCAAAUACUCACUGCUUCAGCUUGACUCAACAUUCAGGGAUCCUACUAUUGAAGAUCUAGAGAAGCACAGGGUUAUUGUGACAACUCUCAACCAAUCUCGAACGAUUUAUGAUUUGAAUUUGGGCCCUGAUUUUUUCUCCCACAUAUUUCUUGAUGAGGCAGCUCAGGUUAUGGAAACAGAAAGUCUUAUACCUUUGGGUUUAGCUGGAGUUAAUACAAAAGUUGUAUUAGCAGGAGAUCACAUGCAAAUGAGUCCAGAAAUUUAUGCUGAUUUUGCUCGUCAGAGAAAUUUUCAUCGAUCCUUAUUGGAACGACUUUAUGAAGAAUAUCCUGUGGAAUCACCAUGUCGGAUAAUGCUUCAUGAGAAUUACCGUUCUACAAAAGAGUUGGUUAAAUACACAUCCAGCCUUUUCUAUGAUAACAAACUUAUAGCAGCUGGACAGGAAUGCCGCCACCCAACCUACUGGCCAUUUACUUUCUUCACUGCCAAAGGUGAAGAAGUACAACAUCAGAACAGCACUGGAUUUUAUAAUAUUGCAGAGGUUUAUGAAGUAACAGAAAGAGUUGUGGAAUUGGUAAAGAAUUGGCCAAGUGAAUGGGAACCAUUUAAUGAGAAUAGUAUCGGAGUGGUUACACCUUAUGGUGACCAGGUGCAAAGGAUUCGAGCUGAAUUGAGAAAACGUGAUUUGGGUGGCGUGUCCGUCGAACGAGUUGUAAAUGUACAAGGCAAACAGUUCCGUGUAAUCGUUUUGAGUACAGUUCGUACUCGACAUACAUGCAGCACUGAAGGACACAUGGACAUGAUGGAUUAUGGUUUUUUGUCCAAUGUUAAACUAUUGAACACUGCCAUCACUCGGGCUCAAUCUUUGGUGGCUGUUAUUGGUGACCCUGUGUCUCUUUGUCUUGUGGGAAAAUGCAGGAAAAUUUGGGAACAUCUUCUUGAAGCUGCAACAAAAAAUGGUAGUUUGAUUGGCAUGACAUGGACUCAACUGAGAGGUCAACUCGAUGGUGCUGAAAUCAAAAAGACGUAUGUCCUCAAUCCUCUAGCUCCAGAGUUCGUCCCAAGCCGUCAAUUUCGUCCCCACAUGAUGGAUGAUGAGCACUUUGACUCCAAUUUAAUGAACCCCUAUGGUCAUGUGAAAGUUCCUGCAUUACCCACUCUUCCAUUCUAUUCUCGAUGUCCCUACCCUCUCUACCCACAGAUGUGUCCACCUUAUCUUCCAUUUUAUACUGGACCAUACUAUGGAAUUUAUGCCCCAGUCUAUUCUGGUUCUCCACAAGGACCUGGCCCUGCUGGCCAAUCUCCAUCUGUUUCUGGACGCAGUACACCACCUGUUACCAUGCCUCAUAGACUUCACACUGCAUCUCCAUUACAUGGACCACCAUUACCCCAACAACCUCCACAGCAGCAGCAACAACAACAACAACAACAACAGCAGCAACAGCAGCAGCCGCAUCAACAACAACAACAACAACCACUGCCACCACCACAACAACCACCACAGCAGCAGCAGCAGCAACAACAACAACAGCAACACCAACAACAACCACGCCUUCCUAAGGCAAAACCCCUCCCUAAUACUGCCAACAUUACAAAUGCUACAGCCACAACAACUGCAAUGGUAUUACCUCAGGCUAAUGCUGCACCAUUAACAGAUCCUGGUGCAAUUGGGGAAGUUAAGAAUGCUGAGCAAGCCAAAAUUCUGGCCAAAACUGCCAAACUUACAAAGGGUCAACCAGUUAUGUAUAUGCCUCCCAGUCCUUAUAGUUCAUUGCUACCUCUCUGCUUACCUUUCCAGCAUGUCUAUUCGCCGGAAGAGCAUCGGAUGCUGAUGGUACCUCCAAGGUUUCCAAGUAGUCCCUACUUGGGUAGUCCUGCUUUUAUGCCUUCAUCAAAGUAUUAUGGCAUGUCUCGCCCUUCACAUUACCGUAAUGGUACUUUCCCUGGUAACCGGGCUCCACCUAGCAGCCACAUUGCACGAGUGGAAAGAACACCACCUUCAAUAAGAGACCCACAGGUACCACCAUCAUCAUCCCCCAGUUCAACGGCCACUGGUCAGGUAAUCCAGCUGUUACCCAAUGUGAAACAUGUGCCAUCAUAUUUGCUGACCAGCCACCAAUUGGGUAGCUCGACUGAAAGUUCUCGCACAAACACUCCAAUAUCCACUAAUAUUUCGGAGGAUUUGCCAGUGCACUUGAAGACGGAGUUACCAAUUGAUCAUUUGAUGGUUGAUAGCAGAUCAGCCACACCUGUGGAGCAUUCUUGGUCCCAGGUGGGUAGGCACAAAAAACCACAAAAUGGAGAUUUGCACAGACAUAUUCUUAAAAAGAAUGAGACCCAUACGGAAGAUCUAGUGAAGGGUUUUCCCCUCCGACAGAUGAUCAACAUUGAUAAAUACAAAGGAAAUGAGGGUCCAUCCCUUUUUCAUCCUGUUAGUAAAUUUGGAGGACAUGUGGUAGAUGGUGACCACAUUGUCAAGCCUUCACCAAUGCGCACUGCCCAGACAUUGGGCUGUCAAUUUGGUCCCCCUCUUAAUCAACCACCCCCUAAUCUCAAUCCACCUACUGGCAUCAACCCAGCCCAUGGCCUCAACCCAGCACAUAACCUCAAUGCAACCCCUGGCAUCAACCCAGCCCAUGGCCUCAACCCAGCUCAUGGUCUCAGUGCAACCCCUGGCCUUAAUCCAGCCCAUGGCCUCAAUGCAACCUCUGGCCUCAACCCAGUACAUAGCCUUGGCUCAUCCCCCGGCCUCAACCCAGCUCAUAGCCUCAAUACAAACCCUGGUCUCAACCCAGCUCAUAACCUCAACCCAAACCCACUAAUUCCUCCCACGCUGGGUCAACAACAACCACCUAACCAUAAUCCAACCCCUACCUCUCUCGGUCAGCCACUUCAUAAUCUGAAUUCCACUCUCCAAACUUCAACUCAUUUUGAGUGCAUUUCUCCACUAACACCAAGUAUGGGUUAUAAGCCAGUGGCCGAUGAACCGUUGAGGAAAAAGAAUUUACCUAAGUUGGAUUUACCAUUGCGCAAACCAACAGAUGAGGAUAAUCCCAGCCACAUUGGUCAACACAACGGCAUGAAGGACUUCUCUUCAAUGCCCCUGGGGACAGGUUUUAGCAGACAGUUUAGUGAUGAAAUAGAAACCCCAACAGCAGUAUUAAGUCUUGUAAAAAUGCUGGAUGAAAGCCCAGAGAAAGAUGUUGAACAAGAGGUCCAUGAUUUGACCGGACGGCAUCCAUCGGUUGCAUCUAACUACCCUGUACCACUAGCCAUGGAGUCUCACUUAGAAUUCCAGAGGCAUGUAGCUAAAACUGGACAUAUCCAAGCUCCCCCCUCUGAAGUCAAACUUCAUUCAAAUAGUGGAAGCCUUACUAACUUUGGUGGGCAUGUGCUGGAACGAGAACCCCAGCACCCAACCUCCCUCAUGUGGCCAUUGAGGCCACGUCUUUAUGACCGCUCAGUGCUUAGUACUGCAGAGGAUUCUCAAAGAUUUAUUGAACCACUGACCCCUCGCACUCCUGCUGGGUAUGGUUCCCUUGGAGAUGCAGAUUUAGACUCUCUCUCAUUUCUCAGGGAUUUAAAAAUUGGUGACGCCCCUGAGCUACAAGAUUCUCUCUAUUAA